GCCAGCCGUUGGGAUACAAAAUCUCAAGAGUAUUACAGCCGUAACAGCGAGGAUUCCAAUUACCAACGAGAACAAAGUACCAGGACAUUCUUCUUCAGUCCGUUUCUGGCGUACAAAACGUCAACGUCAACGUCAACGUCAGCGUCAAUGUCGGUGACGGCGAACCACAUCAUGCCAGGCUUCAGCCUGACGAACCGAAUGCUCCUCUACGCCAGCGUCCUCCUCGCGCCCGCCCAGUUCGCGGCGGGGAUGCACAACAACUGCCCCAGCAACCUGGGCUUCCUGGCGUACAACCUGUACAACCAGAUCCUGUGGUUCCGGGCGGUGCGGGCGCGCCGGCUGCACGCGCUGUGCAUGAUCCUGCCCAACUUCAACCUCAUCUACGCCUUCAGCUUCCUGGGCGGCAUCACGUCCGGGAACGUCGUCAUGGGCGUCUUCCUCGGGCUGGGAACCGGGGGCGCGCUGCUGCUCAACACCGCGUCCGCCUGGAUCAGCUGGACGACCAACCAGCCCCAGGGCUUCGGGGUUUAUCGCUUCUUCUUUUUUGGCCCGCGCACCCUGACAGCCGGUUGGCACCGGUUCAUGCUCUACUGGCAGAUCUUCGACUCGAUCCUGGCCGUUGGCUUCGCUGUGGGCGCCAUCGUGGGCGCGAUUGCGAUUUCUACAAAGGACGAUGACCGCGACGACGAAAGCGCCUGGGGGAGGUGGUUCGUCACCUUGCUCUACAUCCCCCUGGGGGCAGCGCUGUGUUUGAUCCUGGUCUGGCCCGAUGUGCUGUGGACCGAGAUGAUCGUGGCCCGCAACCACAUCGUCUCCGACACGGACUGGAUCGCGGUGUGGCUGUUUGUCGCCCAAGCCGUGACAAUGGUCGCGCCGCCCUGCACCGCUUACUUGGGUUGCUUGCGGCGGCGGUAGUAUCGAUAUUGGAGACACAGCGUUUCGCUUGGGUUCAAUAACAGCAGGUGUCAAGAAUUCCAGCGCACAAUAGAUAUUACUAAACGAGGUUAUAUUCAGGAGCUUGGUCUCCGCUCAG